CAACCAUCAACCAAAGAAAGAGUGCCUCCACCAGAAUUCCAAAAUCCAAAGUGUAAUAGAUUAGUAUCACUGCGUAUAGCAAACUGUUGCCUUUCCGGUGCUUGACAAUAAAGAGACAGAUGAGCCAAGCUCCAAAAUACAAAAGUGCCAAGCUAGAGACAUGCCUAGAUCCAAAAAUAAAAUCUACAAAACUAUCUAUACGGACCAUACUAAAAGAGAAAAAAAGUCCACAAAUCCAUUAAUCCAAAUCCAAACACAAAAAAAACUAGCCAAACACAAAUCCUUCCCACUGAGCCAGUUAUCUUCAAACCAUGGCAAAACCGGCUCCCUUGUACACAAUUACACAUGUUUGACCAACCACGGCAGCAGGGAAGGAGCCCGAUAGGUUUCUAUGUCACCCCUCCCGGUGAUUUCCUGUGGUUCCCGGUGCAUAUCCUGAAAAAGAAACAAAGCUUGAGAGUUGUAGUCCCAUUUUCAUCCCCAGAGAAUCUGACGGCAUAGUCCCAUGUUUGGGUGUCCCAAACAAAGCUGGACACCCACCGUCACAGGGAAAGGAAAUUCGGAUCUAAUGAAGCUUUGGACUCCAAAAUCCCAUCUCUUUAGGUUCUCGAAGAAUAUGAGCGCAGGUUCCUCUAGAUUUUGCACUUUUGGAUCUCCCUCAUACUCCUUUUCCACACCCGCUUCAUCUUGGGCUGAAAUCCGUUAGUUCACUUCCUGUCGGCUUGGAUUGCAACUUCCACAUUUAAAAAAAGCUUCUUAGUUUCACGGAAGGCUCUGCUCACCACCGGGAAGAGGAUGAGUACAACUGAUUCCACUAUGGAAAAUGAUCUUAGAGAGGCGCUAUUCAGAUUUUGCGGUUAGAUGUUGAGGCUACUCUAAAUGUGGUAGUAAGAAGACGAAUGAGUUCAUUUCUGCCUAAAGGUGUUAACAUGGAUGUCUCUAACUUCGCCGCUUUGAAGAAGAAGUUGGCCAAAGAGCCAAAAAAGAAGAAGGAGGCGGGGAGUCAGAAGCCCGUCGAUGAUUUCUUCCAGAAGGAUGGGGCAUCUCAGGUGCCGGAGGGGGAGGGACCAUCCAAAACCGAUGAUGCCGGUGCCGGUGCCGGGGGCUCCAAAGGGGAGGAGCUCAAGAGAAAGAACUCCGGGAAGGGUGUAGCCCCCCCGGAGAACAAGAAACAGAAGAAGGGUGCCCCCGGGAGGAAGGAUGCCCCCAUAGUGAUAGUCGAGGAGCAGCCUUCCUUGAAUCCUUC